AUGACGACCAUGGAUUUGCGUGUCGGUAACAAGUACCGCAUCGGCCGCAAGAUCGGCAGUGGCAGUUUCGGUGACAUUUACCUUGGCACCAACAUCAUCUCCGGUGAGGAGAUCGCCAUCAAGCUCGAGAACGUCAAAGCCAAGCACCCCCAGCUGGAAUAUGAAGCCCGUGUCUACAAGUCUCUCGCCGGUGGUGUCGGUAUUCCUUUCGUUCGUUGGUUCGGUACCGAAUGUGACUACAAUGCCAUGGUCAUCGAUCUCCUGGGUCCCAGUCUGGAGGAUCUUUUCAACUUCUGUAACCGCAAGUUUUCGCUGAAGACCGUCCUCCUUCUCGCCGAUCAGCUCAUCUCCCGCAUCGAAUACAUCCACGCCAAGUCCUUCAUCCAUCGUGAUAUCAAGCCCGAUAACUUCCUGAUGGGCAUUGGAAAGCGUGGAAACCAGGUUAAUGUCAUUGAUUUCGGUCUUGCAAAGAAAUACCGUGACCCCAAGACCCAUUUCCACAUCCCUUACCGUGAGAACAAGAACCUUACUGGAACUGCCCGUUACGCCAGUAUCAACACUCACUUGGGUGUUGAGCAAUCUCGCCGUGAUGACAUGGAAUCCCUGGGAUAUGUCAUGCUUUACUUCUGCCGUGGCUCUCUCCCCUGGCAGGGCCUAAAGGCUGCUACCAAGAAGCAGAAAUAUGAUCGCAUCAUGGAGAAGAAGAUGACCACUCCCACCGAGGUCCUGUGCCGUGGAUUCCCCAACGAAUUCGCCAUCUACUUGAACUACACCCGCUCGCUGCGCUUCGACGACAAGCCCGACUACUCUUACCUUCGAAAGAUCUUCCGUGAUCUGUUCGUCCGCGAGUCCUUCCAGUACGACUACGUUUUUGAUUGGACCGUCUACAAAUACCAGAAGAAUGCUGCCAUGAUCGUGGACGCUAGCAAGAAGGACAAGGAUGCCGAGGAGCAGCAACGCCGACAGGCCGCCCCAGCCGCCGGCGCCGCGGGAGCCAGCGCUGCUGCCAAGCCCGGUGCCAUCACCACCCAGCGUCGUAGAGUCAUUGACAACACUCCGGACACCAACCGUGCCGUGGGAGUCUUCGGCGUUAGGCUGCGUUCUGCCUCGAAAGGUGCUGCUUUAGGUUAUGGACCUUCUGGUGGCCGUUCGAAGCGGGACGAUGGAGCGGGGGACCAGUGGUACUAA